AGCUCUCGUUCACAGGUAUAAAUAAAACCUGCUAGGGCACAACAGUGGCUCGUCUCGAUCGUGCACUCCUUCGUCACAAACACUUGCUUGGAACUUGCUUAGGUUAAGGGGCUUAGUUCAUAAGAUCUAAUGCCGCCGUCCACAGAACUAACCCUAAAGGAUGAUGGUGACUCUGCCGGAGCCAUGGACGCGCAGCUCCCCUCUUCCUCCUCCUCCCUCACCCUCUCCCUCUCCGAUUCCGGCUCCUACAACUCCCCCGGCUCCUCGUCUUCCUCUGCCGGCACUGGCUCCGGAACCACCCUCAUCACCACCACCCCCGAGGGCCUCGUGAUCCGCGAGGAGACGCCCUCGGCCUUCAUGCAGCAGGUGCAGCGCGCCUCCAACAUCGUGUUCAAUGCAGGGCUGGUGGCACUGCUGAGGGCCUGGGCCAAUCCGUCACCGCAGCCCGACGCCGCCUCCGCCGGAGUGCCCGAGUGGUACGCGGAGGAGUGGGCUCAGCGCACCCGCAUGCGCAGCCUGGCCAACCGGGUCGCGCGGGACACGGCGGCGUUCGCUGCGGCAUGCUACCUCAUGGACGGAGUGGAGGCCGGCAUGCGGCAGCUGCGCGGCAAGCAGGACCACUACAACAAGGUCAUGGGAGGGGUCACCGCAGGGGGGCUGCUCUCGCUGGUCUGGUACCCCCGCGACCCACGGGCCCGUGUGAUGCUGUCGGUGGGCGGAGCGGCGGUGGGGUUCGUCACGCACGGCAUCGAGCAGGCGGGGAAUGCCGUUCUGCUGCAACGGCAGAAGGACCUGGAGAAGGAGCUGCUUCACAAGCCGGACGAGCAGCUGCGCACCGAGGUGAACCCCUACUACCUGCGGGCGCUCGUACGAGCUAAGCAGGAGCAACUCCAAGCGGAGGCGAGGCGUACGGCAGCAGAGGCGGCGGCGGCGCAGCAACGCGGCCUCCCCAUGCCACCCCCCUCUGGAGCGCCGCCAUCGCCCCCCUCGCCUCUGGGGCAAGCAGGGGUCCCCGCGUCAUUGUACGGCAGCAGCAGUACGAGCAGCGGUUCGGGCGCCGCGCCGCCUUCCUCCUCUUCCUGGGGCUCUGGAGCGACGCCCUCCUCACAGCAGUACGGAAAUGUACGGAGUGUGGAUGGCGGCGGCAGCGGAGGGGUGUCGCAUGACAGGGGGCUGUUGGUGAUAUCGGAGGAGGAGGAUGGGGAGGGCGAGGGAGAGCACUGAGUUGGGGCGGCUUGAGAGCUCUUCGGGGCACUGCAGCUGGCCUUGCUUGGGUGAGGUGUAGCUUACCUUGGGCCUUAUGUGUACCAUGUAAAUGUGUGGCAUGUAAUGGUUGUGUUGGCUGGACCAUGUAAAUGUGUGGCAUGUAAUGGUUGUGUUGGCUGGACCGGAGUAAGGCGCGUGGAAGCUUACAGCACAGGUGCCAGGUGUUGGAUUGAUUGAAGUUGUGACAAAAGCGGCGAACAAAUAACCGACAUGGCCUGCAGGCAUCUGCUGCUUGGAAAGAAUAUGCUCUGGGUUUGGCUUGCCUCCUUCGCGCAAUUGGAACCUCGCACGCGCGCUGUCAUCUGCUGCUGUUGUUCAUGGGUUGUAAUUGGCAUGUAGUGGUGGCGAAGAGAAUGCUGAGGAAUGGAGCGCGAAUACCUCCCUCGUCGUCUCCUUCUUCCCAUCUCCGGUGAAAAAGCUUGCUAGCGGCAGUUGCGCUGUCCUGGGUACGGUCGGUGACUUGACGCGACGUUGCUUGACGUUACAAAUACAGGACGGGGCAGGAGGCAGGCAGAGGCAGGGAGAGGCUUCGGAGAAGGUGCAAAGGGGCGGCGCGAGGGAAGCAUGCUGGGCCCUGCCAUGCAUGUAUCCUGGGGCCUGGAUUGUGUACCAGUCAUUGUGUGUGGAAUGGCGCUCUCAAGUGCUUGAAAGAGCUUGCGAAGCAGCCCAAGGGAUAUGUUCAUUGUGUUUCAUUCAUGCCCCCAAAUGUGCAAACAGGGAGUUUGCCCAGUUUGGUAGCAUCAUAACAGCAGUUGUGGAGCAAGAAGCAAGAAAGGGGGGUGAGGUUUGCAAAGGGCUGGCAUACAGUUUUUAAGUCGGGUUGAGGGCAGCAGCAGGGUCGUGUGGAAGGUCCAGGUAGGGAAACGGCGACCACUGCCCGUGUGUGUGUCAAGUCAGCUGAGCCGGUGACGACCGGAACUGAACCGACCGGGGGGCUGCUGCGGACUGGGGAGAGGCAGGGGGGCUGGCGGCUGCUGGCAUCUGGGCAACUGGUGGUGGUGUUGUGCCGUAGCAAGCCGCCCGCGUGUUGAAACUUGGAAGGAAACUGGCCGGCGUGUGGGUGGAGGUCGAGGAGGGGGAGGAUGACGGCAGCACUGAACCACCUUGAGCCGGCCAACUACUUACACACAUGAUGGAGGCAGUGCUGGUGGGCAGUAGAGACUUCCGGGGGGCUGCCGCCGUCCCCCCUGUCA